AUGACAUGGGCCUGGGCUCUGUCCCUCCUGGUCCUGGGGGCCAGAGCCGAUCUGCAGGCGAUGCAGCUGUCUGCUGACGGCGAGAUAUGGAAUUAUCCCGUGGAAGCCGCCAGACAUUUGAUGAGACACCACAAGGGUGCCCGGGUCUACCUUGAGGAGGCUCAUCAGCCGCCUGUGGACAAUGUCGUCACGAUCUCCACAAACGAGACAGAGAAUGUUGAAGCCUUCUUGCGAGAGCUGAAGGCCGAGGCGGCGACGGCCAGUACUGGCAGCGGGCUGGCUUUGUUUGGCACCUUGCUCUGUGCCAUGAUGCUUUUCUACCUGGUCAACCAGCCGCACAAGGAUUUGCAGAUCAGCACCUGGCAACUCCUUAGCGGAAACGUUGCGCUCUUUUGCACUGUGAUUUUGUUCAUGGCGCUGAAGAAGCUUUGGAAGUGCAUCAUGGGAACAGGGUCCGACAUGGCUACAGUUGGCAACGUCCUGUCUUUCGCAAAGUUUGCCGUGCUAAUGUUCUUCUUUCCUAUGUUGAGGUCCAAGCUCCAAGACAAGACCAGGCUAGCUGCUGCCAGGAUUUGCGGCACAUACCUGAUUGGCUAUUCUGGCUCCGACAGCUUUGCCUACAUCUUGAGCCUUGAUCCAUUUAGCAGUGGGGCCGGAUACUACUUCGCGGGCCUGUUGUUGAUGAUGGUAGUUCUGGCCGGCCUGCUGACCCUGGCGUUCAGGUUGGCCGACCGGAUGCAGCCCAGUGAGGGUUACGAUCCAGACAAAGAGGCGGAGCAGAUUGAGGCUGCCGGAUUCCAGGUCGGUUUUCUGGUGUCGGUCUGGAUCCGCUUCCUCGUCACUGGCUUCCUCCCAGGCAGUAAGAAAGGGGCUCGCGCGCUGGUCCUGGAUGAUCUGACCUCUCUCGGCCUUGUUCUCAUAGUCUCAGUGGGUGCCUUCGCGCUGGUCAUGUUCAAAGUGCGGCCACUGGCCGCACAGACGGAAAGGAGGCCAGCAACCAGGCGCCUCUUUCGCCUCAUCACCGAAGCCAGCGCCAUGACGAUGGGCUGGCUGCUGUUCUUUUGGGUGCAGUGGGCUUGGUGGUACUCUCUCCAAAGUCCCGACGGCAGUCACAAUGCAGGGAGGCAUUCAGCACUCAUGUCGCAGGCAGUUACAUCAGCAAUCAUGGUGUACUGUGGCAUCGUGGGGCUUUUCUUCGUCGCAAAGCGAAUGGGCAAGAAUGCAUCGGAUUUUCCGGAGCUCACCAACGCGUGGGUACUGCAGACAGGCUUUUGCUGGGAAGUUGCAAUUUAUGGGGGCCUCAUUGAUGCCCACUCAGCCACCUACAGCUCUACCAUGGCGAGGCGUAUGGCUGCUAUCGUGUGCAUCUUGCUGAUCUUGUUGGCCAUCCUUCCAGCCUGGUACUGGUACAUUCUUCCGCGAGCCAUGGAGAAGGCAGACGGAAAAGCCGGCGAUGCAGCCAGCUCCAAGGGAUCAGAUGCAGAGAAGCCGGGCGCGCCGAAGGAUGAGGCUGAUGCUACUGCCAAGGAGGCAGACACCAAGGCCAAGGAGGAGCCGGCAACUGCACCGCCAGCAGCUGCAGCAGAGGAGCCGAAGGCAGAAGGCGCUGAGGCAGCCGAGUCCUGA